GAGUGCCCGCGGUGAAUUGCUCCAGCAUCCCUGCGCAGGCAGUGGGGCAAAUGUAGAUGUUAAAAAAAAAUAUCAUUUGAAAAUAUGUAAUCGUGGGAUAAGUUCUCGGCGUCGGCAGCUUGCGAUGAGGGACGGAGAACAUGGCAGACUGGAUUUUGUGUUGCGCCUCUGUGGAGCACGGACCGUUAUAUUGAGAGAAAUAAUGCGGAAUAUUUCCCCCUGUAGGUGUUAACGCAGAAAAUACAAGAUGAAGAAGCAAUUCAAUCGGAUGCGACAGCUCGCCAACCAAACGGUGGGAAGGGCGGAAAAAACAGAGGUGUUAAGCGAGGACCUUCUACAGGUGGAGAAGCGUCUGGAUCUGGUCAAGCAGGUGACACACAGCACUCACAAGAAGCUGACUGCCUGCCUGCAGGGUCAGCAGGGGACUGAUAUGGAGAAGAGAUCUGUCAAGUCACCUUCUAAAAAACUACCGCUUACGAUCCUGGCACAAUGUAUGGUGGAAGGGGCGGCAGUGUUGGGGGAUGACUCUCUCCUGGGGAAGAUGCUGAAGAUGUGCGGAGAGACAGAAGAGAAGUUGGCCCAGGAGCUCAUCCAGUUUGAGUUCCAGAUCGAGAGAGAUGUCGUGGAGCCUCUCUAUGUGCUUGCUGAGGUGGACAUUCCCAACAUCCAGAAACAGAGGAAGCACUUAGCUAAACUUGUCUUGGACAUGGACUCCGCUCGGACAAGAUAUCAGCAGUCGUCCAAGUCGUCCAGUCACCCGAGCACACUGCAGCCCGGCGCCAAGUCCGAGUCCCUCAGAGAGGAGAUGGAGGAGGCAGCCAAUCGGAUGGAGAUUUGUAGGGACCAGUUGUCAGCAGAUAUGUACAGUUUUGUGGCCAAAGAAAUAGACUAUGCAAAUUACUUUCAGACACUAAUAGAAACACAGGCAGAAUAUCACAGGAAGUCAUUAGAGAUUCUUCACAGUAUCCUGCCCCAGAUUAAAGCUCACCAAGAGGCGUGGGUGGAGAAGCCGUCAUUUGGCAAGUCUCUGGAGGAACACCUGAAUAUUAGUGGGAGAGAGAUUGCCUUCCCCAUCGAAGCUUGUGUCACCAUGCUGUUAGAAUGUGGCAUGCAAGAGGAGGGCCUCUUCAGAGUGGCUCCAUCAGCCUCCAAGCUGAAGAAGCUGAAAGCAUCCCUGGACUGUGGAGUUCUGGAUGUGCAGGAGUACUCCUCCGACCCACACGCCAUCGCAGGGGCUCUGAAAUCAUACCUCCGUGAGCUCCCUGAGCCACUGAUGACCACUGAACUUUAUGAUGAAUGGAUUCAGGCCUCCAACAUUCAAGAUAUGGACAAGAGACUACAGGCAUUAAUGGCGGCGUGUGAAAAACUCCCCACAGACAACUUGAACAAUUUCAGAUAUCUAAUCAAAUUUUUAGCCAAGCUAAGUGACUACCAAGACGCAAACAAGAUGACUCCCGGUAACAUGGCGAUUGUUCUCGGCCCUAACUUGCUUUGGACACACACUGAACCAAACAUGACAGAGAUGAUGACCACCUUGUCCCUACAGAUUGUUGGCAUCAUUGAGCCCAUAAUCCAGCAUGCUGACUGGUUCUUCCCUGGAGAGAUUGAAUUCAACCUGACAGGCAGCUACGGCAGCCCGAUCCACACCAACCACAACUCCAAUUACAGCUCCAUGCCCUCACCAGACAUGGACCAAUCCGAUCGCAAGCAGCAGCACGACCAGAGUCGACGCCCACUGAGCGUCGCCACGGACAACAUGAUGCUGGAGUUUUACAAGAAGGAUGGCAUUAGGAAGAUACAAAGUAUGGGAGUCCGAGUUAUGGAUACCUCCUGGGUGUCUCGUAAGGGUUCAGCCACGCUGGCGCGCAAGGCCUCCUCCACCCCUCCAGGCAUGCAAGGCCCCGGUUCUCCGGCUGACACUCUCAUCCCCGAGCAGCCCGGAGAGCUCGUCACCUCCCCGUCCGCGACACCGCCGCCUGGAGAGCGGGUCUGUUCAUUGAAGAGUAAAGAGCUCUCCCCUGUAAUUGGGCACAAAGCCAUCCAGGUGGCAGGUCCAACAGUCCCCCCCAGCUGUAGUCCUCAGAGCAGUAGCCAGUCCCCCCACUCCACAGAGCACAGUCCACACACCCUGCGCAAAGGUUCCAAGAAGCUGGCCCCUGUGCCUCCCAAGGUUCCUUACAGCCAGUCUUGCGGGAUGUCCGAUCAGUCCACAGGUCAGCCGUCACCGGUCAGCCUGUCACCCACACCUCCUAGCACCCCUUCCCCUUAUGGACUGGCCUGCCCUCCAGGGCAAGUGCCCCCAUCCUCCCCUGGGCAGACCCCAUUAGGGGCGCCCCACUCGCUUUCGUCCCCACCAUCCCUGACCGGAACGCUCACCAAGUCGCGGCCCGCCCCUAAGCCCAGGCAGAGACCCAGUCUGCCCCCUCCUCAGCCGCCCACAGCCCCCCCGGGGUUCACUGGCCCAGCCAUGGCCCCAGUUCCCCAGCCCCUGGAGCAGGGCCUCCUGGAUGGACUGUCUCCCGGGGAGAGCAUGUCUACAGAUAUCUUCAAUUAUGAAAUCCCCUCCAUCAAUGUCAAUCUGGACAGCCUCAUCGAUGAGUUCAGCGGUGCCCCUUGCAGGAGGUCCGUGGCAGUGACAGACUCUCCAGAGGGGGAUGCUGUGCCUGAGGAGGAGCCACAGAGCACCACUCUAUGACCUAUGACCCUAAGGCAUCACAGCUUACCAGCACCCCUGUGGCUGAUACAUACUCUUAACUGUCGCCACCAAGGCCUGACGGAAACACCAAUUGGCCUCACCAAUGCCCACCUGAAACCAGAACUCGAACACAUCUGCUACAGGCUGCAAAGAAACUCAUCUCUUACAAUUGCUCGCUAGUACAUAAAUGUGACUAUAAAAAAAACAAAGAAGAAAAAAAAAAACCACCAAAAUGCCAUAGUGAAGGAACAGUUGCCUUUAGGAGGAAAGACUGGAAUAUAGAUGAGUAUUGCAUUAAAAGAUUUUUUUAUUGUUUGUUUUUAUUUGCUUUGCUUUGUUCAUCUUUGUUGUUUGAUGCAGUGGUCUGUAUUUCUGUGAGUUUUUCGAUUUCUUUUUUUUGCCUUAUUAGAACAUGCAAUCAAAUUGCAAUAUGAUAUUCACAAGUUGUACAACUUUUUUGGUAAGGGAAACUCAGAGCCUGACAUGGUUAGGAGCAAAGCCCAUCCUCAGGGUGAAACAGAGAGACAGAGAGUAGUCUUGGUGUAUUACUCACAGGGUAUUCAAGCUUUGUGCACAUUAGGAAACAUGCUGAGCCGUAGAGACAGGUUUUUGCAUGCGGGAUGAACCAUUUAAUGCAGUUUACUUCUUAAUCGUCACACCCAGUCUUUACUUCCCCUUCUUCUAACACAUAUUACAACUGUAGUUCUUUAUCUGGCAUUUACCUUCAUAAAGGUAAGCUCACUUUAACUCACUUUAUACCAGCACAGUAGGAGAAGAAUGUUACUGUAAAUUACUUUGUUUUGUUCUCUCGACGAAAGCACCACAACGUGUUUGCAUGACAAGCCAAUAUGAACGAAUUGCUUUGGAUCAAGGGCCUCAGAGUGGCAGUGUUUUAUUUCGUGUGAGUGUUUCUGUUGUUGUUGUUGUCCUUGGAGAGUAAAUUUAGACCGCCCGUGUGCUGUUAACGGUUUGAUGAUAAUGGAUGGAUGACUACACUGCCUUUAGGUUCGUAUGAUUCUCUCUCUUAACCUUGUUUCAAGUGCUUCAGGUUCAGUGACCUUUGACCCCUAGUGUAAAUACAAAGACUGUACAUAAAUUGAUGUAUAUAAAAUCUGAGAGGAAAAGUAUAUGUAAAAUGCAUAUCUUGAAUAUAUAUAAUAAUAAUAUAUGUGCUGAUAUUUAUCAUGUGUAGAAAAUGUAAUGAUUAAAAAAAAACAUUGCCGUUAUUUUUGUCCCUGCACACAAUGAACAGGUUUACUGUAGAUUCAUAAUGUGUCACUGUAACACCAGGUUAACGAUGAUGCUGCAGCAGAAACGCAGAUUUCUGCUUGAAAUCAAUUGUGGUUUUUCUAAUUCUGUCUCCUGAGCUUUGACUUCAAACAUGCCCGAGCACUAAUGAGUUGCACACCGAUGCCCUAUCUUCUCUUCUUCUCCUUUUAAAUCAGUUAUUUAAUAGAUUCCUGUGUAAAUGAUUAGAUUACUUGUAGCCCGCCUGGACCAUUUAAUGAAUUCAUAAUGAGGAUAAAUGUAGUCCUAAGCCUAUAUUAUUGGGCCAACUAAAAAUAUGUGCUCAUUCAAUUAGAAAAGCAGUCAAAUUUGGCACACCUGCUGUAUCACCUCUGAAGUCGAAAAUGACCGUGCCCUUUGUUGUUAUUCUUACCGCAGACAAUUAAUCAGAGGUGUUUCCAGUUCAUCAGAUAACAGAUGCUGCAGUGUCACUUUUUUAAUUCCAUAUAAAAUGUCUUAGGACUAUAAUUUUGUCGAUUAAAGUGCAAUUACAGUGUUUACUGAUCCACCUCAGUCCAAAAACAGUGGUCAAAGUCACCCUCCCCAAACCCACAGAAAACAAGCCAUUAAUUUUAUUGCUAAGCAAUUACUUUCUUUUUAAGUUUGUUUUAUGUGUGAGUUUACUUACUGACUAAAUGAAUUCUAGAUUAACCUUUCUCCAAAAGUGAUCUAUGGUAUGCCUCAGUGUGUGUUCUCAAUGGACUCUGUUUAUGAAGAUUUUGGUGAUGUUGAUAAUUAUAUUGAUAGUUGUGGUGAUUAUAUGACAACAAUUGCAAGUGCCCUCACACUGGUUGUUAUUUUUGGAACUAUAGGCAUAAUUAAUGUGUACUAGAGGUUUUAUUUUCUGUGCUGGAUCCAUACGUUUAUACGAGGAGGCAGGGGUUUCUCUCUCUCUGUGUGCAGAUUGAAUGUGACUCACUCAGAUUCCAAACGGUAGGCUACCUGAUUUUGUAAUAACUAACAGGCAAAUAAGCACUUGUGUUUGGAUGAAGGUUAAUUAGGGCCUGUUGGCAUGUAUUAUUACCAGUACAGGGCAGUAUUACUGUAAUGCUUUCGUGCAUCAUAAGUGGAACUUACAGCCCCCUAAAAGCAUGCAUUCAUAUUCAUUCUAGGUGUGAUUACUAUGCUGCUGAAAAGAAAAGAAAAACAUCUGUACCCUCCCCCGAAACACAAGUCAUAACUUCAUCACAUAUCUGAUUUUACGCCAGUAACUUCACAGUGAUUUUCAAGGGGAUAUUCAUUCAAAGGAAACACCUUUUGCACCAAAUGGUACACUGUUACAUAGUUUUAUCAAGCGUUUUAACUACGAUAGACCUACAUUUCCUAAGUCACCUCGCCACCAAGUAUGUCGGUCUAAAGCAAAGCUCAAUUUGUUUACAUUUUGUGGGGGGGAUUUUAAAUGAAAAAAAAAAGGUAAAUCUGAAAAAGUGUCAUGCAUGCGCUUAGAUAGUCUUUUGAUAAUCCACGUUUUGUGUCAAUCACUGUCUUUUUAGGGAUUGUAAGAGGGGUAAAAUGUAGAGAUGGACUCUAGAGAAUGUGGAUCACAAUGAUUGGUCCUUCAUGGGGUUUUGAGCAAUACGGUAGAGGAGUGGAUGUUGCCUGUGGAUGUACUGCCUCCUUCUGCUUUCACUACUAGUGUACAAACAAAAAAAACCUGCCGCUUGUCAAGCCCACCAUGCCCACCCCUCCCUCCUCUGCUUAGCAUAUCAAGUGGAACACAGUGUGUACUGUGAAGCCUACCUGCAAUCCUUAUCAGAAUGUCAGAAAUAAAUAUAUAUAUUAAA